AUGCACACGCUCGAGAUCGUCGCUGGGACAGUCAAGGCGGGGCUCUUCUUCGGCAACAGGCAGGCCUUUUACCGUCUGGUGCAGGACCUGGAUCUGAUGGUGUCCGAUGACUGGGACCGUCUGGAACUGGAGUCCGCACGGCGCUGGGCCCGCCGGAUGACUGUGCCGCUGACUGCCUACAUCUACACCCUCAUCCUGCUGUGGCUGCCGGCGCCGCUGCUGGCCGGCGGCGACCAGAAGCUGCUGCCCGUGGUGCAGAUCGAGGGAGUGGACUGGUCGCUGUGGCCCGGCACGUACGCCGCUCUCUACACUCUGCAGUGUGCUGUACUCCUCACGCAGGUCCCCAUCGUCGUCGGCCUGGACUGCUUCUUCGUGGCGGCCGUGCUGCGCGUCGGGGCCCUGCUGCAGCUGCUGGGGCAGCGCAUCUCUGGACUGCGGCUCUCUGGCGACGGUGCUGUGGACCUGGCUGGCGAUGUGUGUCUUAAGAGGCAGCAGAUGAUGUAUGCGGAGCUCCGUGCCUGCGUCAGGCGCCACCAGAAAAUCACAAAGCUCCUGCACGACUUGGAGGCCGCCAUGAGCACCAUGGUGCUGGUGCAGUUCUCCAUCAGUAUGUUCUGCCUCUGCAUGGACCUCUACCAGCAGAUCCAGGGUGAGGCGAUGUGUCUAACAGGUUUACAGCAGCUGCUGGCUGAGCGCUGGUAUCACCUUCGUGUUGUUGUUGUUUGUAGAGUUGAAGAUGUCAGCGGCGGCGUGCGGCAACCACUCGCUGGCUUCCUGAGAGGCGAGUCGCUGUCUCUGGCGGCGUACAGCAGCCGCUGGGUGGGCGCCGGCGCCGCCUUCCAGAGGGCGCUGUCCGUCGUGAUGGCGCGCGCCCACAAGCCACUGCUCAUCACGGCGGGACACCUCUACCCCGUCAACACGACGGCCUUCGUAGCGCUGAUGAAGGCGUCCUACUCGUACUACACCCUGCUGAGACAGCUGGACAGAAGCUGA